GCGCGGCGUGGCUGCUGGAUCCUCGAUCCAGUGUGGCGGAACGCGAAUAGUGGGGUCAUCGCGAGCAGUGGCGUCGUCUGAUUGGCCGAAGGGGAAUUGGUGUUGGACGAGAGUAGUCGAGUCGACGCGAAUGUGUCCGAGAGAGAGGGAAACUCCGGCAAGCGAGAAAUGGGUUGGAGUGGGGGAAACAGCGAAGCGGAGGGGGACUCGGAGCAGUUCGGAUUUCGGAUGCACACCGUGCGGGAAUAGUGAUUCAGUUAGCGGUGAGCCGCCGUAGGGGGUGGAUUGUUGAUGUCGUUAGUUUUUCGAACCGGCGUGCGUCGCUCGCGUCUUUCUCGUGUUUCGCCUCGCGUUCAAACCGUUUUCCUGUGUACGCACGCACGCGCGUGCACCUCUCUACGAAUUGUUCGACUCGUUCAGGAAUGAAAUUGUCACGUUGCUCCUGCUGGAGGAUCGCACACACGUGAAGCCGGUUGGUUGGUCGGGAAAAGUUUGAAAAUCCAUUCGCGGCUUUUCCGUAACUCGCGACCGCCGAUGAUGUUAAUCGGAGGAAAAAUCGAGGGGAGAGUGGCGGGUGUCGAUGUUCUGAGAGGUUAAGAUAUCGCGAGCAUGCCGAGCAGGAGAAAAUCGUAGGGUCGAUUAUCGCGUUUUUUCGAAACACGCCAAAGAGGAAGAGGAUCAUCUACCCCUGUUUGCCUACACGAAAGAAGGACAGUUUGUGCGUAGGUGAUCCAAGGAAAGGGGAAAGGGAGAGCAAGUUACAGGAUAAAGGGAACUAAACACAAAAUGAAGAGUCGACCGGCACGAAUGUUCGGAAUCCUCUGCGGGGUGAUUCUGUUGUCCCAGCACGGUAACACAUUGGCAGGUAGCGAGAUCUACGCGAAGAUGUUCUCCAGUCCGCAGCAUCCGUCGGAUCCUUGUUACGACGAGGACAGACCGCGCCGGUGUAUACCGGAUUUUGUGAACGCGGCGUUCGGUGCCGCGGUCGAGGCCUCGUCGACCUGCGGUACCGGCGGUCCUACGAGAUAUUGUGAUGUAACUGAACAGCCAGGAGGUGGCACGGGAAUAGGUCAGUGCCAUACCUGCGACGACAGCACGCCGAGACGUCGAUUUCCGGCGAGUUACUUGACGGAUCUGAACAACUCGAACAACGUAACCUGUUGGCGCAGCGAGCCACUCGGCACGUCCCAAAGUUUCUCCGCGCCGCCGGACAACGUGACUUUGACCUUGUCGCUAGGAAAGAAAUACGAACUGACCUAUGUGAGCCUGCAGUUCUGUCCGAAGGCUGCUAAGCCGGACUCGAUCGCGAUUUACAAGUCAAUGGACUACGGGAAGACAUGGCAGCCGUUUCAAUUCUAUUCGUCCCAGUGUCGCCGUGUCUACGGUCGUCCGAACCGAGCGACCAUCACGAAGGCGAACGAGCAAGAGGCGAGAUGCACCGACAGCCAUCGUUACACGGGCGGCGAUGGCCUCGGCCCCGUCGGCAGGAUCGCGUUCAGCACCCUGGAGGGUCGUCCGUCGGCUUCGGACUUUGACAAUUCACCGGUUCUGCAGGAUUGGGUUACCGCGACCGACGUUCGAGUCGUUUUCAAUCGGCUGCAUAUGCCGCAGCAGCCCUCCCAGGAGCAAGUCUCGUCCUUGGGUACGGACGACGAUCGGGAUCAUCCCCUCGGCCUGGAAGAAUUGGCUAAACGCGAAAGAGAGCGAGAGGAACGCGUUAAGAAUCAAAAGAAUCUUCUAAGAGGCUCGAUGGAUCCAUUGGCCACUGCUUUACCCUCGGUACAUCAAGUGAUCGCGCCUCAAGAAAUGCAGUCAAACGACGCCGUGGACGGUGGUGAGAUGAGUUUCGCCGCUGUAACCGUCUCCACAUCCACCAGCAGCACCUUGUCCAGCGCCGGGACAAGCACCUUUGCUCACCACUACGCCGUUUCGGACUUCGCGGUCGGAGGCAGGUGUAAAUGCAACGGGCAUGCAGCGAGAUGCAUCCCAGGCAAGGACGGCGAGGUCGCGUGCGAAUGCAGGCACAACACCGCCGGCAGAGACUGCGAGAGGUGUCGGCCGUUCCACUUCGAUCGACCCUGGGCACGAGCCACUGCCAGAGAUGCCAACGAAUGCAAAGUGUGCAACUGCAACCUUCAUGCGAGAAAGUGCAGAUUCAACAUGGAACUGUACAAGCUGUCGGGACGUGUCAGCGGAGGCGUUUGUCUGCAGUGCCGGCAUUUUACGGCAGGAAGACACUGUCAUUAUUGUCGGGAAGGUUACUACAGGGACCCGGCCAGACCGAUCACGCAUCGUAAGGCCUGCAAACAAAAACCAAAGAAGACCACACUAUUCCCUUUGGAUAAGAAUUUCCAGAUUGUUGGACCGUGUGACUGUCACCCAAUUGGAGCUUCCGGGAAAACUUGUAACCAAAGUACCGGCCAAUGUCCUUGUAAAGACGGUGUAACCGGUACAACUUGUAACAGAUGUGCCAGAGGUUACCAACAAAGUAGAUCUCACAUUGCACCUUGUAUCAAAAUACCAAGGGUUGUACAGACGCAAGGCACGGCCGGCGAGGAGAGCGGUGAACACGAAGACGACGACAACCCGCGUGGUUACGAUGGACGAGCCGAUCAAUGCGGAAAAUGUCGAGCCAGCACUAAAAGAUUAAACUUAAACAAAUACUGCAAAAGAGACUAUGCUAUCCUCGGUAGAAUAACAGACAGACACAAAAAGAACGACGGUUCACCGGCUGGGACAAGCGUUUCCGGUUCCGUUUGGAUACGUUUCACCUUAGAUGUUAACGUCAUCUACAAAAAGUCUCCAAACUCGAGGAUUCGUCGUGGUGACGUAUUUCUUUACGUACACUCGGCUGAUUUAGCCUGUAGAUGCCCGAAAAUCAAGCCAAAUAAGUCGUACUUGAUACUUGGCCAGGAGAGCGAUGGCGGAGGUCAAGGUGGACUGACAGUAACGCAGAGGUCAAUUGUGAUCGAGUGGCGCGACGAGUGGCAUCGCCGAAUGCGACGCUUUCAACGAAGGGCGAUAUCGUGCCAUUGAACUAAUUAUUCCCGCCUGACCAAGGAAAUAUAGACGGAGAAAGAAGGGAAGAUAGAGAGACAGGAAAGGGAGAGGACAAGUAAAAAGAGCGAUAGGUAAAAAUAGAAGUUGAAAACCUUUUAAAACUUGUACUCUCGUAGAAAGGUUGCACGUUCAUUUUCAAGCUGCCAAUAGCUGCUGUAUAUCUACUCGCAUACCUACUUCUAGGUUUCUUUUUCGCACGGAGUACUCGACGACGUCCUAAGAUUAACGAUAAGUAAUAAAGUAAACGUCAUUGCCAAGUGAAAUGCAAGUGAGAACUCGAAGUGUUUAUAGAAGAGAAAUAUCAGGCGAACUGAAUUCUUGUUAUAUACAAAUAACACUUAAUUUAUUGCAACUGACAUACAUGCUUUGAAUAAUAAUUGACUAUCUGUAUACCAUCUACCUAUAUAGAAGAAGAUCGGUUUGUUAAUUAAGCAGAUCUGUGAAAGAGCGAUGAAAUCAUUUAUAUUAACAAAAUUCGAUCUGCUAAUUUUAUUUCCAAUAUAAGUAUGUGCCAAAUUUUUCAAAAUAAUUAUUUUAUAUAUAUGUAUAAAUUAACAAAAAAAUAUUCAAGUCCUAUCUAAUUCUCCUAUACAAAGGUAUGCACACUACCUUGACUCUCGAAAAUAAAUUUUUACAUGUUUCAAACUUAAAAAAAAAACUGUAUACAUCAAACAUACGGACUUCCCACGUGCAUUUCAUUAAAUCAAAAAAAAAGAAAAAAUGCAAUAUCUUGUAUUAAAAUUAGAUUUAGAAUUUAUAUCAAUAUAUACAUUUCCUAUGGAUUUAUAAACUAUACUUCUUUUUUAUUGAUCGUAUAUAAGAGAAUGCAGAAGGAAAAGAAAUUGCGUUUUAUAUAUAUAUCUGCAAUAAUUAUCGAAUUGAUUUUAUAUACGUGUUCAAGGUGUGUUGCGACUGAAACGGCAGCAUUGUACUCCAUUUCUGGAAAAAAAGAUUUCACAAUUUUUUGUCCCUUUUGCUCAAAAGAAUAUAAGGAAACAAAUAUAUAAGAAUAUAUUCCAUUAUAUGUAUUAAUACGAAUCGAAUGUGCAGUAUUGGAUAGCGAAUUAGAAUUAGUUGUAUCGCAUAUCAGUUGUAACUAACGUUUCGUACAAAUAUUGUAAUUUUCAUUGUUUCGUUACAAGCUGGUAUGUUGCAAAUUUCUAUGAACGUACAAUUCGAAAAGAAUUAUUUUCUAAAUAUUUCUAAAUGGUUAUAUUACUUUGAAUACUUGAAUCGUCAAAUUUUUUAAAUUUUAUCAAAGAUUGAAUUGGUUCUCGGUAUUAACAGUGUUAUAUGUACAUACCGAUUCUUUUACCGAAAAUUUUUCAUUUUUAUUUUUAUUUUAAGUUGAACGAAUUGUUCCUGAAAAUUUGCAAUAUUCCAUCUCUCUUAUUACAAUUUGAUGUUUUACAAUGUUUGUAAAUGUCUUUUCCCAGCCCCCAAAAACUUCCCAUCUUUCUUCUUUUCUUCCCCUGCCCCCUCCCCCCAUUUUUUUAUUUAUUUAUUCUCCUCUCAUUCGAUCAUCGUGAAUCGAACCACAUUUAUAAAGAUAUACGCGUACGUUGAAUGUAGAUUUUCUUGUACAUUUUCUAUAUAAAUUAUUAAGAUUCAUUUUUUCUAGUUGAUAUUAUUACUAGUAGUAUUAUUAUGGAUAGUAGUAGCGAUAGUCGAUAGCAGUAGCGAUUAUGAAAAAAAUAUAGAGGCUAAGCUCGAAAUGUGUCGAAAUAUUACGGAUAUGGAAAAGUUUUCAUUGUUUCUUAAGCAAUAUUUUUUAAUUUUUCUUGUAUCAUAAACCAUCUCCCUCUUUUACUAUAUAUCAUUUCUCACCAAUUAAAAGUGUAAAUAUGUCAAUGAAUACAUUUUAUUAUACAGGAGUGUUCGGAUACCCGAGAUUACAAAGUCGGGUCGGGUACCCGAUGCAUCUGUCUAUGCUUUAUUACUUACAUUGAUCGAUAUUAAUAUAAUAGGACAAUAUACGUUAAAAAAUUUUCCAAAAUACCUCAUAUUAUUAUUUAUACACGAACUAUGAAAACUUUUGCAUAUCUCUGAUACUAUUCAUGAGAAUCACCGGUUGAACUACUUAAUACCAGGGAAAUUAUCGUAAUUAUCAGAGGUUCAUUUAAAAUUACGAUGAUUAAUAUUAUCGACGGUCGCGAAUAUGUACGAAGGUAUAAAAUAACGUGUUAUUUAUUUAACUUGGACGGUAUUUGUUGCGACCUUCCACGAAAUUUCUUAGGAAAAAUAAUAUACAAAAAUGUUUCCUUUUACUAUGACGUCGCGUGAUAAAACGAAUUGUUCUUCCGAAGGCUAAGGGUUGUUCUUUCUUUGUUUUUUACACGCCCUAAAAUAUGUACCUUGACAAUAAAAAGAAACUGUCUCGAUUAUGAAAAUUUUACCAACUGAACGAGAAAAAUAUUAUUAUCGUUAAACGAAACGACUUGCGAUUAAAUAAAUGUCGUGCUUGAAAUGUAAGUUCCUAACUGUGACGAUUAUUACCUUCGAACAGGUGAUCACUAAAAUCAAUUUUAACCCAUUUUCACCGUUGCUGUCUUUCUUUUUUCUUCUUAUAAUUUUAAUCCGUUAAAAUUGUAUCAGUCGUAUUAAUUGACGAAUUUUUCAAUAAUUUUCAAUGCGUGUUUUAAUGCUUAAUUUUUGGAAUUAUCAACAAGUAGAACGAAGGUUCAAUUUAGAAAUUUCGUUUCGAAGAUCGUAACUUGUAAAAGCGGUAUCCACGGCUAAAUACCGUUUUGCGUACCGCAAUCAACAAUGUAUCUAUGUACUUACGAUAUUAAUGAUUAAUGAGUAUCGAGCGCUUUGAACGCUCUAUGCGAUCGCAACAGACGACUUACUAUCGUAUAUUACGAACAGAACUGGUAUGAAAUGACGUACUUCAAUUCCUGACUUACGUGGCUCUUUUUCAACCUUCUUUCUUUGCACAAUUUGUUUAAAAAAAAAAAAAGAAUUAAA